AUUGUGGGCAGUAUUUGUAAAACCUUCUUCAUGAAUACAAUAGUAGCUUAAUUUUAUUUACAGAAAAAAGCCUUUUUUUCCAACGUGUUGUUUUUGCUAAAAAUUAGGAGAUAAUGUUAAAAAUUGUGAUAAUUAUAGCUGUAGGAAUUGCUCAAAUCUCAUUUUUUGUCAGCUCUCAGACUGAUGCGAAUCUUGAGGUCAAUAAUCAAAGGUAUUGCUUCCGAUUCACAUGGCCAGGUCCGCAAUUUGAUGCAGAUGGCCCUAUAAUGAAUGCAACUUGCACAGAUCUACUAAAUGGCGUCUCAGGAAUUCCUUGUCAUCACCCUCUAGCUGUUACAAACAAUAGCAAUGUUCCAGAUACUCGAGCUAUAUGGGAAGAGCAUAAAAAUGAUCCAACGCGAAUUGCAUGCAGAUUGACACGUGGAGACGUUUGUGUGAAAUAUACUUAUUAUUUCAAUCAAGCAGUACAGAACAUUUCAUAUUUCUGCACGAAGGUGAACAUUGAGGAUGUCGGAGCUGCUACAUCCGGAUGCUACACAGAACUUCGCAACGGGAGGGAGAUUGAAGUUUGUAUAUGCGAGAGUAGACCAGGUCAACCGCCCUGCAAUGAUGCGACUAAAAAGAUCCCCCACGCCGUGGGACUUUUUGUCGCAGGAUUUGUCAUCGUCCUGCAACAGUGGGCGCCUAUAUGAUUUAUGAACUCUUAUACGUUAGCACCAUCUACCCCCCUCUCUAUGCUCAACUUCUUCUCCACCGUCGUUUUUUUUCUCUCACCAUCACCAUCACCAUUCCCACCUGCCUUGUCGUCCCUUUUAGCACAUGCACAAGAGAAACCCAAUAUUUAUUGCAUGAUAAUCUACCACGGCGCCAAAGGUAGAUGGGAAUAAAUCUUGAUUUUAUACCGCA